AGUUCCUCAUCGCUGUUUACCUACCUCAAUUGCGCCUUGCUCCUAACUCCCCCCCAGAAGCGAUCCGCGACAUCGUUCAUAGCCGUCUCGAAAAGGAAGGCUUGAAUAAGGUCUUCUUACCUCUCGGCACCGAGCCAACCUCGCCCAACAUGCCCAUCUUCACCAGUGCCAACCUGGCUUCUGUCUCACGCGUCGUUGUGGUCUUCGGCGAGCCCAGCCAGGAUCUCGGCAACUUGGCACUCCGCGUCGUCAACGGCCCCGGCGGCAUCAAUAAGGGCAGCAUGGUCUCGGUCGUCCAGGAGAUCAAUCGCCAGAGAGUUUCACCCUCCGACGAUGGACCCCCUGGAAUCCUUCUCGCCAACACAGGCGAGCUCUGGUGGUGGCCUGAAGGCAAUAAGCCACUGAGCCCGACUUCAGCCAUGGCUGUUCCCCGGAAGAGCAUGGUUCACCACGGCCGCGCCAAUAAUUCCAAGUACCAUGCGAUCCCGAAGAACGAGAGUCCCGGAGCCCACAUUGCGUACGUUCUCAACGAGGUUAUUCCUUCCCUUCUGUCCCCAACUGCUCGCCUUGACAUCAUCGGCAUAGGCCUCGGCGCCGACUACGUAACAAGAGCAUUGGACACACCCGAGACCUGGUCUACUCUUGGCCAACGCAUCAACACCUUAUCCUUACUCGGGAGCACGAUCAACAUCGAGGAACUCACCAACGAGCCCUUCAAAGAAUUCCUCCCCCGCCGCGCUCGAGCGUACAUCACAGAUGAAGCGCCCGCACUCACACCCAUGGCCCAACCCGGCGGCAAUCCGAACACGGCUUCCUUCACGCAGCACGGCUGCACGGUCUACAGCUCAGGCGAAGCCUACCUCGUCGAGUGCAUGCUCAUCACUAGCCACGUCUCCAUGCUCGACUGGGUCCAGGAGGUCGCUCUCGCUGGCGCCGACUAUUGCCACCCGGAGGUUAUCGCCGUCGAUCCACGCAUGCCGACGGAGGAGGAGUGGGCCGCGGGAGGAUUCGACGAGCAGUGGGAGAAGAUACCCGAGUUUGCGAAGCCGAGUCUCGGAUAUGCCAUGGCGCCUGAGGACCAUGAGCACUGCGAGGUCCUAGAGGGUAUUCAGAAGCUUGCGGUUGGAGAGAAUGAGAGGCAGGACAACACAUGGGAGUGAUCUUGAGGGAGGAUUGAUGGGCGACGGGUGGCGUGAUAGCA